AUGGACUCGGAAAACAACAUGCCCGGUGUCAACGGAGAAAUCAAGAAAGAUGGUCUCGAAACCGUCGACGAAAAGCGCGAUCUUGGCGCAAAACCAAAGAAAGUCGACGAUAAAAGCUCUAAGACUCGAAGGACGUCGGAAGUUCCGAGUUUAGACGCAGAAAGACAGUGUUUGGUUCAGCGACCGUCAGACCAGCAAUGGCGUAAGUCGAUGUUUUUCUUCGUUUUGCAUCACAUGUUGGAAGACUUCUAAUUUACAAUUCACUUUUUCGCUAGAUCCCGCUGAAAUUAUACACAUCAGACCAGUGGAGAAUGGAAAAACUGAGUAUUACGUGCAUUACCACGGAUGUAAGUGUUAUUAAAACUCGCACGAAACCACAGUUUUGAGACUUUCGUUUAUUUAAGUCUUAUUUCCUCGGAUUUUGUUUUGUUCGAGGUCGUUUGGAGACCACUACUAAUAGCAUUACGCCAAAGGAUUAUUGGAAGUAGUGAAAUUAGUCAAUAGUUAGUAUUUGUACUUUCCUUUCGACUGAACAAGCUAAAACAACAACUUGAGCUUAAUAUUGAACGGUUCUUCAUGCAGAAAUGGGAUGUUGCAUUUCAAAACUCUUGACAGCGUAUAUUAGUGCUUGCCCUUUCAAUGGCGACAAGCAAUUUCAGAGUUUCUUUGUCAAGUAGCCCUUUGAAAUAAUUGCUUGAAUUCUAGAAUAAAUGGAAUUUUUCCAGUAACUGACACAGCUGGGCUUCAAAAUUCUGGGGCACCCAACGAGAAUAUAGUUCAAAACCACAUAAACAUAGCAUUGUUGAACGUACUUUAGUAUUUAAACGGUACAUAAAGGCUUAUUUUUAUCCCCUAAAAAUUUUUCAUCUGUUCGGAUUUCCUAGCUGAAAGUAUAGUGAUCCUAAAAUUAUAGGGAUCAAAAUUUACCUUUUCAAAAAUACCAGCCACAAAAAAGGCUCCCGAAAAUUCUAGGUGACCUUUUUAGGGUAAAAAUCCGUUAAAAAUGGGCAAUUAUACCACUUUUUUGAUGUUCGAAAAUCUUAGGAGAGGUAGGCAAGCAAGAAAUUUUACAGAAAGUGAUCCGAAAAUUCUAGAUCUAAAAUCGUCUUCAGAACAGAUAAUUUUCCGAAAAUUGUCUUUGGGUGCCCCUGAAAAUUGUGAUUAAUUGUGAGAGGGAAUUGGUAUUUUAGGCUGCUUGGCCAGAGGUAUAUCAUUACUGAAACUUGGCUUACACAGAUUGAUGCUGUAGUUUUUAGAGAAAUCACUCCUGCUGGUUACUGAUUGCUUCACUGUCCUCGUGCAGACCGCGCUGGGGGUGGUACUGCACUGUUAUUUAAAGACAGUUUUAACGUACAUCAAUUUGCCGCUGGUGAAAAGAGUUCUUUUGAAUUUUCUGAGUAUUUGAUUGACGCCUCAUCUUUUCAGUUUAGGCUUGUAAUCAUAAUGUGAAUAGUGUCCUGUAUUUAGACAGGAUCAGGGUUUAGAUUGUCCAUACUAGUGUAUGGCAUGUUGUGGGUUAAACUGGCCAUAAACAUUUGGAUGAAAAUGCCAUUUUAAGCUUAGUCAAGCCACCCCAACUACCCAAAGGAUAUUGUUCACAAGGCAAGUUUGAUUAGGCUUUUGUUCCUGAUGACACAUUUCACCUUUGUAAGUUUAGGAAUGCACAAUGCCUGGAACAGUUUGGAUGAUCCACCUGUGACCAUACUUGUCACUAUCCAGGUCUUGGUAUUGCUUCUGAUUUUCAACCAAUCAGAAGCACUACCCAGAUCUUAUCAGUCAGAAAUGGUCAGUAUGGAAUUUCUUUGCUGGUUUCUCAGACGUCAAAUUGUGGGGAAACCACUUUUUUUUUUAUUCAACCAAAAUGUUAAUGAUUACUAAGCCAGAUGCAUGUCCUUUCGAGAAAGAAAAAUUACUGGCUGCUCUGUUAUUCAGUCCAAUUACAAUGUGAUUACCAUUCUUGUUUGUUUUACCUUAGUCAAUAGACGUCUGGAUGAGUGGGUGCCUAUGGAAAGAGUUGAUCUUCAACAGAAAGAUGACAGUGUUCAUGUUCCUAUUUUGGAAGAAAAAGUUGAUAUUGAUGGGCCCGAAAGAAAACUGACAAGAAACCAGAAACGUAAACAUGAUGAGAUCAACCAUGUCCAAAAGGUAUUUAUUAGAAAUAUGAUGUUUAGUAAGCUGUGGGAGUUUUAAGUCUAAUUAAGAAGGACAAAUAAUUUCCUUGUCUUUCAAGUAAUUAACAUGACUUAAAGGGGCUGUGUCACGGCAGUCCAGUUCAUUCAUUCAUUCAGUCCAAUUGCUCGCCCUUCAAUCGCUAAAUGGGACUUAAUGUAAGCAAAGAAAUUACAUGUAAAUGACAAAAUCAGAGAUUCGAGACAAGCAAAUAUGUCUCUUGAUCAUUAUUUUUGAAGUUGCAAACAGCAGAGAUCAACUUUGAAAAACUGUUAGGCUGAACAGUUUUCAAAAACCCUAAUUUCAAUCUUCUUCAGUUUUGUCCGUCUGUGGAAUCUGUUGUAUCUGUUGUGUUAUUUUAACCUUCAUUUAAUGUUUUAAGUGGUUAUUUUUAUGUUUCUCUCAAUCUAACGGGCAUUUUGUAAUUUCCUAAUUUGGCUGAAUUUUGUGACACAGCUCCUUUAACAGAAAACUGAAUGAAGACUUUGCAGCGUGCAAAGAUAGUCGUGUCUGAUAGCCCGGGGCUAGUGGAUUUUUCUAUCGGGCUAGUGAUUUUUGUUCUUAACUUGCCCGAUGGGCAAGUGGCUUUUUGUUGGGAAAUUCAAAUUACAGAAGGAUUGUAAUCAAUCCUGCUAAUCAAGAAGGGUUUUGGGGCUAGUUGAAAUGACCUGUGGGCUAGUACAUGCCAGCUACAGCUUGCCCGAAUGGCAGCCUGUAAAACAGACUUUCUUUGCACCCUGCUUUGUAUGAAGAGAAGUGUAGCAGAUUGUCCCCUUUUGGGUCUUACAAUGCAGGUUUAAUAGUGGAAAGAAUUUUAUCCAGCUUGUCUACAAGUACUCCACUCGAAUACUGGUUUGAAACAGAUAAUCCAAAUAAAUAAUCCCCAACUUGCAGGAGGCAGCCAGUUGGCAAAUUAUAAGGGUAGCCAGGUUUUCAACUCAGGACAACCGAGAACAAAUCCAGCAAGUGGCCAGAGCAUGACCCAAACAAAGGACUGCUGGAUGGCGAGUCUGACUCGCUGACCACUCAGCCAUGCUGCCUCCUUUCUCAGAGAUAUUCAUGCAAAAAUUUCAAACUAAGCAUAACUAGUUGAAAAUCCUAAGUAGCAGGCAAAGAGAGGAACAAGCUGGCAGUGUACAAGGAAGGUUAAGUAAUUGAACUCAGGGUUAGCAGGAACAAAUCCAACUGAGGUGACAAGAGUAAGAUUUGAACUCAGACAGUCCUUACUGAAAACUGUACCAUAAAACACUGGCUUAUGCUACUGAGGCCAAACAUUUUCUUGUUUAAGGUGUUGAACUGGUAAGACUCUCCUGUAGUGAAGCAAGGAGCAGGUCAAUUUAUUGCAACACUGAUUCAUGUUUCACUGUUUUAUUUCAGACCUAUGCUGAAAUGGAUCCUACAACAGCUGCUUUGGAGAAAGAACAUGAAGCUGUAUGUAUUUUAUAAACUCACUCAUUUAUUUACAUAUUAUUUUAUAUGAUUUGUUUGGUUGGUUGUUUGUUUACAUAUUAUACAGGUUGUAAAUGGCAUGUGGCAAGCACUUUCACAACAAUUAUAAGUUUCCAAGCUACCGGCCACUAUACUGUAAAUGAAAUUAUUGUUGUCACUCAGAAAGAUCUCUACUCACAUUAAUUUUGGUGAGUGGGCAAGUAGAAGAAUACAAAUCCUGCUUUCUUGAACAGUAACCUAGUGUGGUUGCUUGUGAAAGAUUUUGCUCUUCACGUGGAGAAAUUUAUUAUUUCUGAACACCCAACGUUUAUGAAUGUGUUGCUCAGAGAAAAUGAUGUAUUUCUACAAAUUGUAUUAACAAAGUAGUGAAAGUUUGAUUUUGAAAAGCAAUAUAUGUUGUAUAGUUGCAUAACGUUGUCAAUGUAAUCUCGCUGUGUUUGUUUCCUCUUUCUUAAGAUUACUAAAAUCAAGUUUGUGGACAAAAUUCAGUUUGGAAAAUAUGAGAUAGAUGCCUGGUAUUUUUCACCUUUUCCUGAGGAGUAUGGAAAACAACCAAAGCUGUGGAUUUGUGAAUACUGUAUCAAAUACAUGAAGUUUGAGAAAACAUACAAAGAUCACUUGGUAUGCUUCAUGACAGAUUAUGUUGUUUUAUAAGUAUCACUUUUAUUGUACUUAUGUUUGGUAUGUUAACUUGUUAUUAAGCCAGAUUAAUGUUUUUGUUGCAAAACUUUGGGAGAUUGCUAACCCCCUUCUCACGCCUCCCCUCAACCAUUUUGUUGAAGGAUUGAAAUGUGCUGAACACAAGUAACUUUUUUACAACAAGACAAGUGAGACUUCUGCUACACGCAUGUUUGCAAAAGAGCAGUUCUGACUGACAAGAAGCAUUUUCUACCUCAUCUAAAAUAUCACAAACUGUCCCACUACACAGGUCAGGUGAGGUGAGGUGAGGUCAGUAGUAAUAAAGGAAAGUGUAAACUGACUCACUCACUCACUGAUUUAUUCAUGGUUAUUUUGAAGUUUUCAUGUGCUGUUUUAUCUUCACUGCAGUUCUUCACAUCAUUAAGUGCUAAGUCCCAUGAUAGCUGUGGUAUGGGUCCACAGUUAAGCUAUCCAUUGCAUUUUGUUAGGUGCCUUAAACAUGACACUUGUGCCUAAUUCUCACACACGUGCGUUCAAUACUAAGAGGUUUUAUCACUGAACACCUUUAAUAAUAAUUAUUUUGUAGGGAAAGUGUACAAUGCGGCAGCCACCUGGAAAGGAAAUUUAUAGGAAAGGAACAGUUUCAGUUUAUGAAGUGGAUGGAAAAGAACAUAAGGUACCAUAAUAGCAACAUAAAUGAAUAUAAUAGUAAAUAAUCUCUCAAAUAAUCUCUCAAUAAUCUCUCUAAUCUCUAAAUAAUCUCUCUCCCUUGACAGUAUUUGCAGAGUGUGGCUGAACAAAUCACUGACACAAAUACAUCAACUAAAACACAACAGGGUUCACAAUCUCCACCUGUAGGCAGAGGCAAUUCAACUGGCUAUUUGAUAUUAUGUAAGGCUCUCUUGGCUGUGCUCUAAGAAAAAUUGAAGGGAGUCAGGUGCUUUGAUCCUUUAAAGGCUAGGGUGCCUUUCCAGCACAUGAUUUUUAUAAAAAAAAAGAAACUUAGAUUGUCUAUUUGCCCAGGAACAAUAGUCAGGCAGCAGGGGCUAAUGGGCACUGCUAGAGCCCAGCCUUGGUAUGUCAACAUUUUAAUAGAAAGUACAAUGUAUUAGAAUUCUGAAUUGUUUCAGAUAAAACUUUACCAUUUUCAUAUCAUUCUUCUUGCCUUUUUUAUAUAAAGGGAUUAUUAUUAUUAUUAUUAUUAUUAUUAUUAUUAUUAUUAUUAUGUUGUCAUAACAUAUACAAAAUGCUUUUACCACGUAUUUGUUAUGAAAAAUCUUGUAUUUUGUAUGACAUUGUAUCCUAGAAAAAUACAAUGUAGAAAGACUGCUUGCAGUCUAACAGAAUAAUUAUGUGGUUCUCUUUGAAAUUAACGUGAGAGAAAGUUUUAACAUCUGAAAGGUCAUUGCAUUUCGGUAUGUAACUUACAUUGUAAGCAUUUGCAAAAAUAAAGCCUGAAAAAAAUUCAGGCUUGAAAGCACCAUGUGACCUCUAUAAUACCGGUGGAGCACUACACAGCAAUCUGUCAUGUACUUGUUACAUGCUUUACUUUGUUGUUCACCAUUGUUGUGAAGUUGUCUUCUAUGUUUUUUACAUUAAGUCUGUAUGAUCUUCUGAUUCUCUUCACAGUUAUAUUGUCAGAAUAUUUGUCUUUUGGCAAAGUUGUUCCUAGACCACAAGACUUUGUACUUCGAUGUGGAACCUUUCUUGUUCUACUUAUUAACAGAAGUUGACAGGGAAGGAGCACAUCUUGUUGGAUAUUUCUCCAAGGUAUGUUGGAAAAUGUAAUACCCUAAACUAAACUUUGAUAAAUCACCACAUAUUUUGUGCUUCUGUGAUGAUGUUUUACACUUAGUGAAGGUUGUUGCUGGCCUUUUUUUUGGUAGGANCAUAUCUUUUUUAACUCAUUUUGUUUUCAUCUACACACAGUAUGUUACUAUUGGUUACAUCCUGCUAUCUUCGUUUAUAUUUAUUGUUGGUAAGUAAAGCAAAUAAUUUUUAAAUCCCUUUGUUGCUGUGAAAAAGUAAAAACAAAAACAAACGAAUUAAUUUGCUCUUUAUUAAUUUCCUUUGUUAAGUGUUACAUUCACUCAACAAACAGAAGUUAGUUUUUUAUUAUAUUCAGCAUUUUAAAUAAAAGUGACCAAUAAAACCAUGUACAUCAUGUUUCGUCACAAUAUGUCAUUUCUGAAGAUAAACAUUCAUAAUUCAUAUUUCAUAUUUCAUUCAUAUUUCUCCAAGGUAUGUUGGAAAAUGUAAUACCCUAAACUAAACUUUGAUAAAUCACCACAUAUUUUGUGCUUCUGUGAUGAUGUUUUACACUUAGUGAAGGUUGUUGCUGGCCUUUUUUUUGGUAGGAGAAAGAGUCACCCGAUGGAAAUAAUGUAGCAUGUAUCCUGACAUUACCACCAUACCAGAGAAAGGGAUAUGGCAAAUUCUUGAUUGCCUUCAGUGAGUAAACAGCCUUACCUCAACUUGCAGACAAACUAUUAUGAAACUGUCAUUGAAAUAUUCUCAGGAUGCAUGCAUGGUAGCUACUUAUCUGAGAGGCAUUUGCCACUGUAUGAAUAGUGAUGUUGCUCAAAGAAUGGAAAAAGUGGGUUUUACCAUUGUGAGGUUCAAAGCCUUAACUCACACACACCCCUCUUUUACUUACUGUCAAAUUUUUAAGUGAGGCAUCUCCAGUACAAGUUGCUAAGGAGGUGCCCCACACAAGCAUGUGUAUGUGUGGCCUUGGUCACCUACAAACAUACAAUGUAGUCAAACCAAGUCUAAUGUUCACUUAGAACAAGAAAGCUUUCUGUUAUAGGCAGUUAAUGUGUUUAAAGAGCGGUCUAAGACUUGUUUACUCAAGUUGUCUUUCUAUAGUGCUAUAGGGAUUCAUUUUAGCCUGCAAGAAGUCUCUCUUUUUCUUUAUAUUUAGAAAGGGGAGUGAAUGGUUGCACGAGUGGCGAAGUGCCCCUCCUGUCUAGUGUCUUGCACCCUUUUCUUUUCAUCUACUGUUCAUUUCUUUCAUAAAAAAUAGCAUUUUUUCGCCAGUUUUAUGUAUCCAUUGUUUUGACAUGUUUUUACAUGUAUCUGCUCAUUUUUCAUUUUGAAAAGUUCGCAACUUGAAACUGAUGUUUGCCAUUUGACGUAAAAAUGACUCAAAAACUCUCUAUUUUCAUUUUUUCCAUGUUGUGUUUGAUGCAAUAUUAAGUAAAAAGAGACAGUUUCUCCCUGUGGACCUCAUUUUUGGGAUGCUUGUUUUCUUAGGGCACUUUCCAAAAGUCAGAACUGGUGACCAGACUGGUCAUUUUGAAAAUUAAAUAGCCUUUUUCCAAGAGUUUUUGAUGAAAAACUAUAUUCUCCAUGCAUACUAUUAAGGAUUUGACUGAUCUGGCUGGAUAGUGUUGAUUAAUAGUGAAAUUCUCCUUAAAACAGGAAUGACCUGGCCUGUUAGUUCUGACAAAUAUAAAGUGCCCUUAGUUUCAAGUUGAGUUGUUACAAAUGCAUCUAGUUCUUGUCUCUGCAAUGCAGUCAUUUCCGUAACAGUCCCUUGGUUUGACCCUGGCCAUCCAUUUGAUACCUGAUUAAAAGGUUCUGGUAUACUACAUUUGUGCUGGACUGGACAUGGCCUUGCACUGUUAACAAGUUUUACCACUGAUGUUAAUACCUUAUUUGCAGGUUAUGAACUUUCCAAGAUAGAACAGAUGGUUGGAUCACCAGAAAAGCCCCUGUCAGACUUGGGUAAACUUAGUUACAGAAGUUACUGGUCAUGGAUUCUACUGGACAUUCUUCGCAACUUCAGAGGAACGCUGUCAAUUAAAGAUCUUAGGUUGGUGGAGGUCUGCUUUCGAAGAAAGUAUUGCUUGUUAAACCUUAUCAGAAUAAAAUGAUUUUAUAUUUCACAAGUUGAUUUAAAUCUGUACAUAAUCUGUGCAAUGUGAUAUCAUUUUUGAUAAAAACAGUAAGAUUGCUUGGUCCACAUUCCAACCCAUUCUUUGUUGUCUCAAGAUCUUUGAAUUUACUGACAAUCUAGCUGUACAUUUUUUUCACUUUAUUUAACUGUUUGAUCUCUAUAAAGUCAACGUACACCACACUUAACCGUGGUUUAUCUCUUUUACUUUCUUUGCGUGUAUUUGAGGUGUGAAAACGAAAUUGGCGAUUUUAUUGAUGCUCCUCCUUUACCCCAAUUCUUUAAGUCCACAAUCUGUGAAAGAAAGAGUCCACUCUGAAAAGGAAAGUUUUAUUAUCCCCAUGAUGGUCAUCAGAAUGCAGAGGAAACGAAAUAUUUACCUUCUUUCACAGUAACAUGACAAGCAUAACACAGGAGGAUAUCAUCAACACGCUACAAUCACUUAAUAUGGUAAAGUACUGGAAAGGCCAACACGUGAUAUGUGUCACACCUAAACUUGUCGAGGAGCAUGUCAAGAGUGCGCAUUACCGCAAGCCAGUACUUUCAGUGGACACUUCCUGCCUGAGGUGGGCGCCGCCAGGAAAGAAAAUCAAGAAAGUGAAGCACUAAUGCUGCUACUGCUGAAGUUCUGGAAUGUUUGUGACAUAACAGGUUGCGGGAUUAGUGAUGGAUGCCUACAGCUGGAACAUGUUAUGGUCAGUGGUUGUUCAGCAAGCUACAGCAUGCUGCAUAAACUGAACAUACCUGUAGCUUCAGUGAGUUUAAAGAAGCAGUGAGAUGCAUAGUUCUAAUUUGAACUGCAUGGUGUUAGGCCACUUGGAUGAAGAACUCUGGAACAAACAGAUUAGAUGUCUUUGCUGAUGCACUGAGGGAACUAAGCUUAAAGCAUCUCCGCCCCGGUUGAUGUACAUGCUCUUAAUGAUUUUAUCUUGUCACUGAUUUAGCCUCCAUGAUAGAUGCUAGUUGUCCCCAGUAAUGUUGGGAGCAUGCGUCAACCCCUCCAUGCCUAAGAGGCCUGCCGGACAUCAAAACUCAAGAGAAAUUCACCAGUUGAAUGGCCAUGGUAACCAUAGGAUUUC